AAUCACCAGUUCACCAAGUGGCGACUGUGCUCACUUUCACAGUUUCAGUUAGGUAAACAGCGGAGAGAAGCAGAAAAUGAUAUCAGCCCAAAAAUCUAUGGCAGCUUUAACCUCUUUCUCUCUUCUUAGUAAUUAUGCAACGACAGGAAGCAUUGUUACAAGUGUGAGAGCCUCACCAGAAGUCUCUUCUUAUGCCAGCUCCAUCAAUUUUCUAACUGCAAAUCACUCACGCAGAUAUCUAUGUCGUGCUAGUGCUUCACAUGAUGAAGAGGCUGUAGCAAAGGCAGCAGCAAUCAAUGCUGAUAGUGGAGCACCAACCAUUAUCGACAAGAUCGUAUCUAAGGAAAUUCCUUCAACCAUUGUGUAUGAAGAUGAUAAAGUCUUAGCAUUCAAGGACAUCAAUCCACAGGCUCCUGUUCAUGUUUUAGUCAUUCCAAAGUGUAGGGAUGGAUUGACACAGCUUGGAAAGGCUGAACAAAGGCAUGGAGAGAUACUGGGUCAACUUCUUUAUGCCGCCAGAAUGGUUGCUGAGAAAGAAGGCAUUCUUGAUGGUUUUCGAGUUGUUAUCAAUAAUGGUCCAAGUGCCUGUCAAUCAGUAUAUCAUCUUCACCUGCAUGUUCUAGGUGGGAGACAGAUGAAAUGGCCACCUGGUUAAAGAGUUAAAGCAGAUGUAUACCGGAACUUUUAUGUCUUCUAUUUACUUUGUGCUCUCUCUUUUACUAUCCUCUUCUUUUACAUUUUCAUUUCUAAGGUUGGAAAUGGCCUAAUGUACUUUGAAUCUAAGACCUUGAAGAGAUGAGAAAUUUGGCUUUUUCCUUAUUUAUGUGAAUUAAUUCUUCCAUUUCCAUAAGAUCAGGUAUGGAGCGCUUGGCGUUGGCUCCGGUGGUUGUAAUCUUGUAAUCGCGUUAGAUUACAUGCAAUUUGUACUCAGACGUUCUAUAAAGGAUUCUUUAGCUAAAACCAUAGAACAUAAAGCCUUUUAGUCAUUAGGAAACCAACCAAACAGAGAGUUUACAUCUACUGUUUGAUUUUUUAAUUAAAAGAAAGCACCACAAGUGAAGUAAAAAGAUUACACGUAUCUUUGAGAAUAUAUUUAAAAAUUAAUUAAAAAUAUAAAUAA